AACCAUCACCAAAUCAUCCAACCACGUCCGCUUUUGCCGUCGCCCUCGUCUUCGUCAAUGAAUAACGCGCCUGGCAGCCCACACUGAGGCACAAGCCGUUGUCGUAUCAGUUAGUUGUUAACUUGCAGUCGUUGCCGCCGAUGCUACGUCGCGCAUUCGAACCUCUCGCACCACUCGAACCACCGCCGCUAUUCGCGAAUCGUCAUCAAGGAACACGCACGCUCAUAGUGUCAAAGAGAAACAGAAGGAGAGAGAGAGAGAGAGAUUGAGAGCGAAGCAGACAAAUAGACAGGCGGCAGACGCGAUCAGAGUGAAAUAAAAUUGAUUGUUACAUGAAUCCGAAUCUGAAUCUGAAUCGCGAUUGUGUCGAAAAAGUGGAAUUACUUUUCAAUUUCUCGUUGACGCUGUCUGCGUACGGAAGUGUUGCAAAAAUGAGAAAUCUCGUGCCGCGUCCAACAUAAAUAACAACACUUACAUACAUACAUACAUAUACAGUGUUUAGUCAUACAUACAUACAUACGUAUGUAAUGUACGUGGUGUGUGUUUCUGUGUUUGUGUCCGUAUGGCGUUUCAAGUGCAAACAGCCCACAACGGUAAUAACCGGGCCAUGUCUCAGUUCUUACACACAUUCGUACCAAUUGUGUUGAAAUGCUCUUGAACAGACUGACCCGAAAAUUCGCUAUAAAACAAGAUCAAGCAAGGAGAGAGAAAUAUCAGCACAUACAGAAAAAAUUAUUAUAGAACUGAGCAAAGCAGAAUACCAAUUAGCCAAAUAGCAAAAGCAACAACAGCAACUAUAUGCGUUCGAAUCCCUACGAGUUGCCACACAAACCGCCCAGACGUAAGCAGCAGCAGCAGCAACAGCAACAACAAGAACAACAGCAAUUGGAGAGUGCGAAGGACGAGAAGAGCAAUUAUAACGGCAUCAACAGUAUGUACUCAAGUCUCCGUUAUGCGCGCACAAACCUCAGCCAUAGCAGCCUCUUGCUUAACCAUCAGAGCUCCUCCGUCGACAGCGCCGCGCCCACAGAGCGUACAGAGAGCAGCGAAACGCUAGACAACGCCAGUGCGCCAUUAACAGGGUCGCCGCCAGCGCACGCUCUUGGCCCCCGAAUUGUGCCCGCUGGCCGAAGACGGUAUGAAUUCGCCAAUGCUGCUCAGCGUCCCCCGCAUCCACCGCCAGCAUCGGCCAUAGCCAGUGCCCUGCAUGCUACGGCCAAAUUGGCGGCCAGCGUUGAUCCGUACACAGCCGCCGCCACCGCCUCCUCCACAUUUGUGCCUGCGCCGCAUGUCUGCCCCGCGGGCCAUCAACAUUGUUUGCCACAAGAGUACAGCCUUUGCGAUUCGUGUCGUCCACUGCGUUUUCACAGUCCGAGCAGCAGCAGCAAUCUUAGUCGUCCCAAUCAAUCGGGUCCGAGCAGCUGCAGCUCGGGUGGUUUAGCGCAUCAGAAAAGCUAUAACGAAUCAGCACGCUGUCCCAGCUAUAAUCUCAAUUCUCCAAACGCUGGCUCCAGACGCUUUCAAGCGCCAUCGCCGUUUCCGCCGCCGCUGCCACUACCGCAUGCUUCCAUAGCACAGUCAUCCACCCAAUAUCUAUUUCGCACCUACCAACAGCAUCAACUCUCUCGAUUUCAGCCGCGCCGCGCCGGCAGCGUCAGCAUGUCCCAAUCUGGAGAGGAUCUGCAUUCGCCCAGCUACUUAUCGUGGCGCAAGUUGCAAUUAAGUCGUGCCAAACUAAAGGCAUCCAGCAAGACGUCCGCCCUCCUCUCCGGCUUCGCAAUGGUGGCCAUGGUUGAGGUGCAGCUGAAUAACGACACACAGGUGCCGGCGGGCAUGCUCGUUGCCUUUGCCAUUUGCACCACAAUGCUGGUGGCGGUCCAUAUGUUGGCUCUGAUGAUCAGCACCUGCAUUCUUCCCAAUAUAGAGACGGUGUGCAAUCUGCACAGCAUUUCUUUGGUCCAUGAAUCUCCGCACGAACGUCUGCACUGGUACAUUGAGACCGCCUGGGCGUUCUCCACACUACUGGGCCUGAUACUCUUUCUGCUCGAAAUAGCGAUACUCUGUUGGGUGAAGUUCUACGAUCUGAGCCAGCCUGCAGCCUGGUCUGCCUGUAUUGUACUCAUACCCGUGCUAAUUAUCUUCCUGGCAUUCGCCAUUCACUUCUAUCGCUCGCUGGUUACUCAUAAAUAUGAGGUUACAGUCUCGGGCAUACGAGAGCUGGAGAUACUCAAGGAGCAAAUGGAGCAGGAUCAUCUGGAACACCAACACAAUACGCGCAACAAUGGACUGCACUAUGGCGCCGCCGGUGACAUCGUUUAGGAAUGCAAAAAUAUGUACGAGUAGUAUUAAAGAAUGGGAACACACUCUGUACGAGUCAAAAUAAAGAAAAAAGACACCCGCACUGGGAAUCAUCAGACAGAUGGACAGACAGAAACCACACGUAUAUUGUGAAUUUGUAGUUCGUGCAAAUUGUGAUACGCAUAAGGCAAUAGAUUUGUGUGUUUUUUUUAUAAUUAUACAUACAUAUAUACUAUAUGUUACUAAAUAUUUUUGCGUAUUGUCAUUGUAAACUAAUUAUUGACAAGCGCUAAUUUUAUGAAAUACUUAUAAAUUUAUUGUACCAUAUUUAUUGAUAGGUCAAAUAAUAUCCAUAAGUGAAAAUGCGUUGUAGUGUAAUUAAACGGAAUUAUUUUCCAGAUACCUCAAGUCAAAA